AUGUCUCUUUCUGCUGACGAAUACAAACAACAAGGUAACGCUGCUUUCUCAGCUAAAGAAUAUGAUAAUGCCAUUGAUUUAUUCACUAAGGCCAUUGAGGUUUCUGAGACUCCUAACCAUGUUCUUUAUUCUAAUAGAUCUGCUACUUAUUCAUCUAUGAAAAAAUUUGCUGAAGCCUUAAAGGAUGCCGAAGAAUGUACUAAGAUUAAUCCAACUUGGUCCAAGGGUUACAACAGAAAAGGUGCUGCUCAUUUUGGUUUAGGAAACUUGGAUGAAGCUGAAGCUGCCUACAAGAAGGCUCUAGAAUUAGAUGCUAACAAUAAAGCAGCUCAAGAUGGUCUUGAUCAAGUUCGUCGUACACAAGAAUCUAGAUCUUCUCAACCAGAUAUGGGUCUUUCAAAAUUGUUUGCUGAUCCAAAUUUGAUUGAAAACUUAAAGAAAAAUCCAAAGACUGCGGAAUUGAUGAAAGACCCAACUUUAGUGGCAAAAUUAAUCAAUUACAAAGCUAAUCCACAAGCCAUCGGUACUGAUUUAUUCUCUGAUCCAAGAUUGAUGACAAUUAUGGCUACUUUAAUGGGCGUUGAUUUAAAUAUGCCUGAUUUAUCUAACUCAAAUUCUAUGCCAAAGGAACCAACAACUAAUGAGUCUACUACUUCUAAUGAAACUCCAAAGGAACCUGAAGCUAAACAAACUUCUGAACCAGUUAAUGAACCAACAACCCAGGAACCAGAACCAAUGGAAGUUGAUGAAGAGGACAAGAGUAAAGCUGAAGCUGAUUUAGCUAAAGCUGAAGGUAACAAAGCAUACAAAGCUCAUGAAUUCGAUGAAGCUAUUGCCAAAUAUAACAAAGCUUGGGAACUACAUAAAGAUAUAACCUAUUUGAAUAAUCGUUCAGCUGCAGAAUUCGAAAAAGGUGAUUAUGAAACAGCUAUCAAUACCUUAAAUGAAGCUGUUGAGCAAGGUAGAGAUCUAAGAGCUGAUUAUAAAAUCAUUGCUAAAUCUUUUGCUCGUAUGGGUAACUCAUAUUACAAACUAAAUGAUUUACAUAAAGCCAUUGAAUUUUACCAAAAAUCUUUAACUGAACAUAGAACUGCCGAUAUUCUAACUAAAUUAAGAACUACUGAAAAAGAACUAAAGACUAAAGAAGCUGAUGAAUACAUUAGCCCGGAAAAGGCUGAAGAGGCUCGUUUACAAGGUAAAGAAUAUUUCACUAAGGCUGACUGGCCAAAGGCUGUUGAAGCUUACACAGAAAUGAUUAAGAGAGCUCCAGAAGAUGCUAGAGGUUACUCUAACAGAGCUGCUGCUUUAGCUAAAUUGAUGUCUUUCCCAUCUGCCAUUGAAGAUUGUGACAAAGCCAUUAAAAAGGAUCCUAAUUUCAUUAGAGCAUACAUUAGAAAGGCAAAUGCCCAAAUUGCUGUUAAAGAAUUUUCAGCCGCAUUAGAAACUUUAGAUGAAGCUAGAACUAAGGAUGCAGCAACUAACAACGGUGCUAAUACAAAAGAAAUUGAUCAACUAUAUUAUAAAGCAAGUUCUCAAAGAUUCCAACCUGCUGAAGGUAAUGAAACUCCAGAACAAGUAUAUCAAAGAGCAAUGAAGGAUCCGGAAGUUCAAAGAAUUAUGCAAGAUCCAGUUAUUCAAAGUAUCUUAAGCCAAGCUCAAUCUGACCCAGCUGCAUUACAAGAACACAUGAAGAAUCCAGAAGUCUUUAAGAAGAUUCAAACUCUAAUUGCUGCUGGUAUUAUUCAAACUGGUAGAAGAUAA